CUACGAUAGAAAAAACUGUUUUGAGAUAUAAUGGAUUGAUAAUAAUUCAUAAAAAUACGGUCACGGAAUGUGGUCAUUCUUUUCAAGAGAUCCUACAAAGGAUUUUCACUAUGAAAUCCUCGAAGUUGUCCCAGGUUUGGAAGAUAAAUCGAUUUGGACACUUCAUCAUGGAAAGAAAAAGGGUACAAACGAACCAGUCUCCAUAUUUUGUUUUGAUGUAAAAGGCAGUAGUGAAUCUCAGGUGCAACUUGCAAAGGGAGCUUUAAAAAGAAUAAAAACUCUACGACACCCAAACAUACUCACUUUUCUUGAUGGCAUUGAGACAGAGAAAGUUAUUUAUUUUGCCACAGAACCUGUUGUUCCAUUGGAAACGUACUUGAAGGACAAUGAAAGUUAUGGUGACCAGAACUCGUUGGCCAUCUCAUGGGGACUUCACCAAAUUGUUAAAGGGCUCUCAUUCCUGGUAAACGAUUGUAACUUGAUUCACAACAAUGUGUGUAUGGCAUCAGUAUUUGUGGACCCUGCAGGGGAGUGGAAACUGGCAGGGGUAGACUACAUGUACCCUGCUCAAGGGCAAGACUCAGUACCACCAGUCAAAAUACUGCCAGUGCUGGAGAAGUACGAUCCUCCGGAGAAAUCAGAUUUAAGACGAGGAAUACGUGGGGAGAAAUGGUCAUCUGACAUGUGGGGUCUAGGAUGCCUAAUAUGGGAGGUUUUUAGUGGUCCCCUACCAAAGAAUACAUCUUUAAAGUCUCUAGGAAAGAUUCCAAAAUCCCUCGUGCCAAAUUACUGUGAAUUAGUGGGAGCUAAUCCAAGGUCCCGGCCAAACCCAGCCAAGUUUAUAGAAGACUGUCGUCGUUCAAAUGGCUUCCUCAAUAACUCUUUUGUUGAUACAAUGAUGUUUCUUGGGGAAAUACAGAUAAAAGAUCAGGCAGAGAAAUCCACAUUUUUUAGCGGAUUGACAUCAUCUUUGGACUUGUUUCCGGAAGUAUUCUGUAAACACAAGAUUCUUCCUCAAUUACUGUAUGCAUUUGAAUAUGGUAAUGCCGGAUCAGCGGUGUUAGCUCCAUUGUUCAAGCUUGGUAAAAAGCUAAAUGUUGAUGAGUACCAGAAAAAAAUAGUGCCAUGUGUAGUGAAGCUCUUCUCCUCUCCAGACAGAGCGACCCGAGUCAAACUUCUACAACAGAUUGAAUCCUUCAUUGACUACCUCCAGCCAGCUGUUGUCAAUGACCAGAUAUUUCCCCAGAUCUCCACUGGCUUUAUGGAUACAGUACCAGCAGUGAGGGAGAGCACCAUCAAGGCGAUGUUACAUAUGGCUCCAAAAUUGAACUAUAAAAAUGUCAAUGAAGAACUAAUGAAACACUUUGCACGUCUCCAGGCUAAAGAUGAACAGGGAGGUAUUCGAACAAAUACAACUGUAUGUCUAGGAAAGAUUGCUGGUUGUAUCAACCCUCAGGUGAGACAGAAGAUCCUUAUAUCAGCAUUCCUGCGUGCCCUGAAGGAUCCAUUCCCCCCUGCACGACAGGCUGGAAUACUCGCCUUGGCCGCCACUCAAAACUAUUACCAACUGAAGGAGGUGGCCAAUAGAAUAUUACCUCCCUUGUGUGGUAUGACCAUGGAUCCUGAGAAAAGUGUUCGGGACCAGGCAUUUAAGGCAGUAAAAGGAUUCAUUGAAAAGCUCGAAAAAGUCUCAGAAGAUCCAGAGCUUGCAGUUGAAAUGGAGAAAGAUGUGUUGGCUGGAGGUUCUGCCAUGGGGUCAGCCAGCAGCUGGACAGGAUGGGCAGUGACGGGCAUGUCUUCUUUAACUUCAAAAAUAUACAGCAAGGCCAAGCCUGGUACAGGAGCUCCAAAACCAACCAUGUCUGGUUCUGCCACAAAACCCACAGACUCACGACCACAAAGCAGACAGUCAGCUCCAAAAGAGGAGCCUGAACCAGAACCCUCCCUGGAGGAGGAAGAGGAAGGCUGGAACGAGGACGAUUGGGGAGAUAUACAGGAAAGUCCUGUAUCGUCACCCACAUCAAAGACAAUACAGAGUCCUGGAGGUGGUUGGGAUGACGGCGAUGAUGACGAUAAUUGGGGAAGUUUGGAGGAUACUGGACCAUCACAAAAGUCUAAACAGCCUGUAAACAGUGGGGGAGGUAUGAAGCUUGAGAAGAAGUCUAAAUCUGAUGACUGGGGAGGAGAAUGGGACCAGGAGGAGAAUGAGGACUUUUUAUCUAUUGAGGACAGUGGUCUACAACCUGCUAGUGCCUACAACUGGGGAGGAGCAGACGAACCCACAGACACUGACUUCUUUUCUUCAGCGAUGGGUUUACCAAAGAAGAAAGCUCCUUUACGACAAUCAAUCAAACCUUCCAGUGCGAAAGAUCACCAAUCAGAGAACACAAGAGAGACACCUGCGCGAAGUGAAACAAGACCUAAAUCCAAGUCCAAGUCGCCCCCGCCACAGUCAGGCUGGGGUGAAGAUGCUGGUUGGGAUAAUGAUGAUAGUUGGGGCACUGUUGGAUCCACAAGUGGUACCACCACCACACGGGAAACAAAAAAGCCAAGCAAGGAGACACAGGGGUCAGAAAGCACAGACACGCCAGGGACAGGCUGGGGAGAUUCUGGAGGGGGCUGGGAUGAUGACUCAUGGGAUACAGGGUCAAGUAAAAGUGAUAUAGCUAGAAAGAAAAAGGAGGAACGAGAACAGAAAAGACUACAGCGACAAAAAGAAUUACAAGAGAAAAGAGAAGCCAGGAAAGGUGCUGGAGCUCUGAAGCUUGGAACUAAAAAGAUGGCAAUGGACUAAGAUGUGUUCAUAAGUGUAUGAAUGAACUGUGAUAUUGUGCUUGUAUUGUCCCAACAUGCCCAUGUUCUGCUUAUGCAAAGUUACUCAGUCAGAUGGUGUAGAUGAGCAUAGUACAAUUAAAUAAAAAAAAAUUGAUUAGUACAUAUUACUUUCUUAACACUAUUUAUAGUCUACCUCUUUCUUUCAUUUUGAUUGGUUUAUUAUGAUAUCUUCUAUUCCAGUCAGCGACCAUGAUGGAUACUUACUUUAGGUCAUUUAAAGAAGUCCAUACUCAAAUUGUUGUCAGAAGUUGUCUUUGGGGUUUUGGGAUCUUUUUACCUGUAACAAUAAACCGUGUAUGCAUCUUAACAUUACCAUUAGAACCCUUUGUUAAUAUUUCAACCAAGAUGUAAUGCAUCAUUUGAAUGGUCAAUAAAAAGCAAGUUGUGACGGAAUAACUGCAAUAUGCCUUCACAAAAUUCUGACUUACAUAUGUAGCCUUCAUGGUGGUUGUUAAUGAUGUCAAUGACCCUCAUCAUCCAACACACAUCAGGAACCUUAGCAUGACACUGAAUGGUCACCUGAAUGUGUCACAAAUCUAGAAAUGGCACCAACUUAUAAUGUGUAUUCUUAUUUAAAUCUGUAAGAAUUAGAAAAGGGAUAACGCUGCUGUGUUUUGAAAUUUGCUGCAUUAUAUUGUGAUUAUCCUGUCAAAAGUAUCUGUUUUACUGUCUCCACUAUGCAUUGCCAUUAAAACCCUAUUUGUAACCGUCAAAUCACAAUAUACUAAAGCAAAUUUCAAAAUACAUUAGGAUUAUUCCAUUGAAUAGACUUUUAUUAUGUCCAUUUCAUAUAUAAAAGAUAGCAUGGAUUGAUGGUAUAAAGAACACACAAAUUCAUAGUACCUUUCAUUGCAUGAAAUUGAUCAUAUCCAGAGGAGCAAUCUGUCAUUGUUUUUUUUUUUUUUUUGUUUUGUUUUUAUGGAUAAGCAAGUCAUCAAAGUCUCAGGGUGACCUUUUCUGAUCUCCUUUUGUCCAGCAUGUAAUGUUGUGCGUCAUAAACUUUUAACAUCUUCCAGUUCUUCUGGAAAAGUCUUUACCAAUUUCAAUGAAAUUUUACAAAAACCUUCCAUGGCUUAAGACACACCAAAUUUGUAAAUUACAUGGUUCCAAACUCCCAGGGGCCUAAGAGGCAGAUCCAAAAAGGGUCAAAUUGAUUGAAACUUCAAAAAUCUUCUCAAAUCCUUUGUUUGAUAGAAUCAUGUACUUUUCAUGGAUGGAAAGGCCUUCAGAUGCUUUAGCAAAAUUGUAAAUUUCAUAACCCAAGGCUUUCGCAUUUCCACCUGGGAGGGGGUAAAAUUUACUGCAGUUUAUAUAGGAAAAUUACAUUUUUGAGCAUUAUUUGUUAAUUUCAUUUCAGAAAUAGUUCAAACUUAAGAAUUUUUUUUAUUAGUAUAACCUGACAAUUUGAUGAGAUGCUCAUAUUGCCCUUGACUGACCCCAAAGGGUCAAAUUUACUGAAAUUUCCAAGAUGGUCUACUGUUCCUGGAUGGAAGUUUUUAUAUAGGAAAAUUCAAAUAUUCAGUGUAAUUUCUUUUAAUUCAAGCUUGGUAAGAAGUCUUAGCAUGGGAUAGCCAUUAAUGUGUACACAAUUUACAUUUGCAUUAUGUGUACAAUAAAUUCAAAGUUAUAUUACUUGUUUUAACAAAAUCAUUUCUGACAUGUUACAAGAAGCUUUGUGACUCAGGUGACCUUUAAGGCCCUUGGACCUUUUGUUUUACUCAAUUUGUUAUUUCUAGAAAAUUGAUUAUUUUACAAAUGGAAGUGCAAACAUUUAAAGACAAAGUCUUUUCUUAUCAGUAUUCAUUGAAAGAGUACAUAUCAUUUCUAGGCAUUUCCUAUUGUGUGUAAUAAUACCUGUAAGCAUAGAGCAGAGAUCUGAGGUUUUAUCAAUAAGUCAUAAGUUAGCAAUACUGUAUAAAUCAAAUAAUAAGAAUUUUGAAACGUUGGUUGAAUGUAAUAUAUGUUGGAUUUCAACAUGAGUUAGAAUUUCUUAAAGAGAUAUAUGAAAUCAUUUUUUUUUUCUUUUACAGUUUUGCAAGCCUCUAAAUGUGAAAGAUCUGUUAAGUAAUCAGAAAAUUUUGGGAAAUAUUGAAAGCUAGAUGCUCUCCCGAGUUUUGGGAAGACUUCUGUCUUCAUGGUUCUAAAUCUAUUAUCUGUAUUGUCAUAAAAUUACAUCAUAGUAUCAUUCUUUAUCAUGUGAUGACCAUGAUUGCAAUUUCAUUCCCAAAGGCAUGAGUAUUCACAUAUUAACUAUCAUCAAGGCAAUUUUUGAAUUACACAGAAAGAUAAAAUAUUUUAUCAUUUUUGGUUUUUUUUGUAUUCAGUAUGUUGUUACAUUUAACACACCCAAUUAAAUAACACCUUGGGUGGAGGUUGUGUGCAAGAAUUUUGGUAUUCAUGGCUUCAUGCUGCUCAAAAUGUUACAAUAUUUAUACUAAAAUUUAUUCAAGGUAGUUUGGUUCUAAAUUAAGAUUCUUCCUUUGGUAACAUGGUUCAUAGUCUUUGUACAUUUUGUUUCAUUUUUAACACUUGGUAAGGUAGAUGUGCUUAUUUAUAACAUAGCAUGGUCUUUUCUGUAGUUAUAAGAUGUAUGAAUGGGUAAAAGAAAUUGACUGAGUGAAGGAUGCUAUUUGUUAAUGAUUGUUACAAUGUAAGACAUUGA